AUGUAUCACCUGAGGGUGCCUGUGCUCGUCCUCAUUCUGCUUGUGUUUCUGCGCUGUGUCACCACUGCCCCAAGCCACAGGUACUUCAGUCCCGGCUCAUCCAGCGAGCAGGAAAGUGCUUUCCCAUACGGUGAAGGCUGGUUAGCACCGGGGCUAAUGUCUAACCCAUUCCUCGACCUCAUGGGUGCGAGGCCACGAAGGGGGCUCACAGCUAUGAACAGCCACCGCAUGGAAAAGAGGAAGUGCAACACAGCCACCUGCGUUACCCAGAGGCUAGCAGACUUCUUGGUGCGCUCCAGUAACACCAUCGGUACCGUCUACGCCCCGACCAACGUGGGAUCUGCCACCUACGGCAAGAGGGACCUACUGCAGCCGCCCAGCUAUCUGUCUCUCUAG